AUGUUGCGGCUCGCUCGAGGCGUCUUGCAGACUGGAAUGCGGUUUAAAUCAACAUCGUUGAAGUACAGCAAGGUGAAGGUGUCCCGCAGAGGCGUUGACCUUCAAGUGGGUCUCGUGGAGCUUGAUUCGCCUGACACCUUUAACACCCUUUGCCCUGUGUUGGUGGAGGAGUUAGCUUCUGUGGUGGAACAAAUGGAUGCUGACUCUUCGGUUCGGUGUCUUGUCAUUACCGGCUCCGAAAGGGUUUUCUCGGUCGGGGCUGACGUGACACACCUGGACGAUCUACGGAGGCCAGAGGUUAUGCGUAGGUGGGGGGCACUGGGAGCGGUGGAGAAACCCACUAUUGCAGCAGUGAAUGGCGUAGCACUGGGCGGCGGCUGCGAACUUGCGAUGAUGUGCGAUGUAAUAUAUGCGGGCGAACGGGCCCGCUUUGGACACCCCGAGGUUAAGCUGGCUCUAUUACCCGGCGCCGGGGGUACACAACGUCUCACUCGCGCUAUCGGCAAGUCGCGCGCCAUGGAAAUGAUUCUCUCGGGAAAAGCUAUCCCUGCGAAAGAGGCGGCAGCUUUCGGAUUAGUGAGUUGUGUAUACCCAGUAGCCGAGGUGGUGGACAGGGCAAUCGGCCUGGCUGAGCGUAUCUCCGCUCACUCUCUGGUCGCUUUGAAGGCUGUAAAGAGGGCCGUCGGCACUGAUACUGUUUUGCUUGACUCCCACCUUUCCAUCACUAUUUACUUGUUUUACAUUCUUAACAAUUUCUUCUCACCAGCUUAUCGACUCGCCCUUGACGAAGGCUUGAAUAUAGAGCGGGAACUUUUCCUCAAAACACUGUCCUCCUCUAGGACAAGGGUUUCCCUCAUUGGUGUUGGGAGACACUCAAUUCGAUGGCACUCGCUCCCUAUAUAUAGUGACAUAAAUGAAAGGUCGGGAGUGUCAGUUGCGAUUCACGGUCACACGUUGUAUGUUUUUGGUGGCCGUACUGAUAAUGAAACAGCGAUGAACGAUCUCUCUACGUUCGAUCUUCUUACUGUAGAAUGGAAACGACUCACAACAAAUGGUGCGCCAUCUCUCUGCUUAAUCCAUGAGCGAAAUGCAUAUUUUUGCUACACCAUCUUUCAGCUGCGGACGUUGGUCAUAAAUGACCUGUACAGCUUCUGCCGGGGAACGAAGAUGUGGAGACAGAUCUUAAAGGACACGGAAGGUCCUCGGCUCCGUGGGCACUACAACGGCGCUUUCCUGCCACCGGUAGCUUCCGAUCCAGAGACUCAUCCAGGCUUAUUGGUCCUCUUUGAGGCCUCUGAUACGCAGUACCUCGCUUUCGGACUAGUCCCUGAUACGGGCUUUUGGUUCAUUCUCCCUCAUUGUCCUCAAAAUACUCUCCCGGCCUCAAACGAGAACCCACUUUUGAGGCCUCCCAUGUGUGCCCUUUCGGAGAAGGACGUGCUCAUCCUCACUCACCAUCCUGCCGCCACCUUUGUGUGGGUUCUCAGUCGCAGAGCUCGUACCCCUGACUCAGCAAGCUAUUCGGUUGGCUGGACGUGGACCGAGGUUCAGCUGCGUACUCGUGUGAAUAAGAUAAACUUUCUCGAGCCCUUGGAAGCCCUAGGAGGCGCUCAGUUGGUAUGUCUGCCAAAGUUGCCCCACCAGGAAUGGCCGACGGUGGUAUUGUUGCGCAGAAUCCGCUUCAGCACUGUUCGCGCUCAUCUAAACCGAAGGCUGAGGGAGGGCCCAAGACGCCUGCCUGACGUUGGCUCCAUGUCUUCUUCGUCCUCCUCUCCUCCCUCCGUAACUGCUCAUCCGGAGACACAGCCCAAUCCUCUGGUCCAGGUAUUUGACGAACUUCACGACCCAACUCAACCUGCAGGUGCUCCAGGUCAGCCGCUUCGUGGAGCCAUAAUACGACGUGUUGCUUCUUCAUCCUCUUCAUCUUCCCUCACCUCUCUGCUAAGGCUUCACUCCACGGCAGCGUCUAGAAAGCGUCGCUCUUCUCAAGUGUCUGGUAAUCGCUUUGCGUCAAGCAUGACCAGCCCUAGUAGUGAUGAACCGGAGAGCGAUUCGGACACCUCAGAUCCUAAUAUUUUGGCCUUGUGCACUUUGACUUUAUCUGGCAGGCCUAGUCGUUCCAGACCCUGUCUGAUGCUGUGUGAAAUAGAUGGUCCAUCGGAUCAGGAUUACCACCUGGACAGUCUUCCGCUUUCUCGUUCUUUCGCUGCUUUCACCUACGGUCUUGGAUCGCUUCUUGUCUUCGGUGUACCGCAGGCACGACUGGUGAACGCAGAGUAUAUGAACGGCACCAGAGACAAAAGGCCUUUCGUGUGGGCGAUUAGUGGUAGUCGAGUGGUGUGUGGAUUUGAGGCUCCUGCUGAGACCUGA